AUGUCCGACUCCUCCUCCGACCUCGAAGCUACCAAGCUCCAAUCCAAGCAGACCGUGAACCAGACCAAGUCCUUCCUCUCUGGCGGAGCGGGCGGUAUCGCGUGCGUGCUCGUCGGCCACCCGUUCGACUUGACCAAGACGCGCAUGCAGACGGCCGCGCCGGGGGCGUACACGGGCGCGAUUGAUGUCGUUCGUAAGACGAUUGCCGCGGACGGGAUCAAGGGGAUGUACAGAGGGAUUACCCCUCCCCUCGUCGGUGUCACUCCCAUCUUCGCCAUCUCGUUCUGGGGGUACGACGUCGGAAAGCGGAUAGUGUACGCUGCGACGCCGAGCAGGAAGAGCCAGACGCUCAGUAUUGGGGAGUUGGCGAUUGCGGGAGGGCUGAGUGCUGUGCCUGCUACGUUGGUAGCGGGGCCGGCGGAACGGGUCAAGGUGCUGCUGCAGGUCGCGGGACAAAGCGGCCAAGCGGCCUACUCGGGCCCUAUCGACGUCGUACGGAAACUAUACGCCGAGGGGGGUAUGCGAUCCAUCUUCCGAGGCACUUUUGCGACUUUGGCGCGUGAUGGACCUGGGUCUGCUGUCUACUUUGCCACCUACGAAACACUCAAGCGCUCCCUCUCCCCCGCUCCCGCCCUUUUGCCGAACGGCGAAAAGGCUGCUGCGCCGCCACUGAGCUUGCCGGCGGUGAUGCUCGCGGGUGGAUCGGCCGGGGUGGCCAUGUGGGCUAUUGCGAUCCCUCCUGACACCAUCAAGUCUCGCCUCCAGUCCGCGCCCCAGGGGACCUACUCGGGCUUCAUGGACUGCGCCCGGAAAUUGAUUGCUGCGGAUGGUGUCACGGCGCUCUGGAAGGGUUUCGGGCCGGCUAUGGCUAGGGCGUUCCCUGCCAACGCUGCUACCUUUGUUGGUGUAGAAUUGAGCUUGAAGCUCAUGGACGGGCUGUGGUAA